AUGGUUUUUCUGCUGCAUAUGGUUUCCCUUUACACUCUGAGCGUCUUCAGCGGAGCCUCGGCCGCCUCUCACUAUAACUGCAUCGGUCCUCUGGUAUCAGCGUUGCCCCAUUCAUCCUUUCAGAGCUCCUCUCAGUCGUCAGUCAGAUAUGCUGCGUACAAUGCCAAACUCAACAGAAGAGAUGGAGCCGGAGGCUGGUCCCCCAUGGUGACCGACCAGGAGCCCUGGCUCCAGGUGGACCUCAAGGAGCAGCUGGAGGUGACGGCUGUGGCUACGCAGGGACGUUACGACAGCUGGGACUGGGUCAGCAGUUACCUGCUGCUCUACAGUGACACUGGCCGGGCGUGGAAACAGUACAGACACGAGGAUGGAGUGGGGAGGUUUGUCGGGAAUGUGAAUUCAGAGGCUGUUGUCCAGAACAAGCUGUCCCAUCCUGUGAGAACGCGUUUCCUGCGUUUCGUCCCUCUCGACUGGAACCCCAGCGGUUGGAUGGGCCUCAGAGUGGAGGUGUACGGCUGCUCCUACAAGUCUUAUGUGGCAGACUUUGAUGGCAGAAGCUCGCUGCUGUAUCGGUUUAACCAGAAGUCCAUGUCAACGGUGAAGGACGUGAUCUCUCUGCGAUUCAAGAGCCACCAGGCCGAGGGCGUGUUGCUGCACGGAGAGGGGCAGAGAGGAGAUUACAUCACCCUGGAGCUUCACCGAGGAAGACUGGACCUCUACCUCAACUUAGAUGACAGCCGGCUGAGAUUCAGCAGCGGCCGUGUGGCUGUCACUGUGGGCAGUCUGUUGGACGACCAGCACUGGCACUCUGUUCACAUCGAGCGCUUCAACAAGCAGGUUAACCUCACAGUGGACUCCCACACACAGCACUUUGAAACCAAAGGAGAAGGACACUCGCUGGAGGUUGACUAUGAGCUGAGUUUUGGGGGCAUCCCGCUGCCUGGUAAACCCGGCACCUUUCUGAGGAAGAACUUCAACGGCUGCAUGGAAAACCUUUACUACAACGGGAUCAAUAUCAUAGACCUGGCAAAGAGACGCAAGCCACAGAUACACAGUGUGGGCAACGUGACCUUCUCGUGCUCGCAGCCCCAGCUGGUGGCUUGCACCUUUCUGAGCUCCGGCAGCAGCUUCCUGUCGCUUCCAUCAGCAGCAUCUGCCACGGGAGGCUUCUCUGUUCGCUUCCAGUUCAGGACGUGGAACCCAGAUGGGCUGCUGCUGUCUGUGCCACUGAACCCGGAGCCCCAGAGACUGGAGCUGCAGAUCAGCAACACCCAACUGCGUCUGACCCUCCACAGCUCAGGACAACAAAAGUCAGAGGUCUCGACAGGUCUCAGAGUCAGUGAUGGACUGUGGCACUCAGUGAGUCUGGACACCAGGAACCUACAGAUCUCUGUGACUGUGGAUGGAGAGCCGUGCUCCAAGACUGAGCUGUGGGAACAAGUGGAGUCAAGAGGCAACUUGUACUUUGGAGGUUGCCCUGCGGCCGACUGCCAGAUCCCGACUCCGUCCUUCCAAGGCUGCAUGCGGCUCAUGUUCCUCAACGGCCAGCCAACGAAUCUCAGUCAUGUGCAGCAAGGUUUGCUGGGAAAUUACCACGAGCUUCAGUUCGACACCUGCAACAUGAGAGAUAGGUGCCUCCCGAACCUGUGUGAACACGGAGGCCGCUGCUCUCAGAUGUGGAGCUCCUUCGUCUGCGAAUGCUCGGGAACGGGAUACUCGGGAGCGACCUGUCACAACUCCAUCUACGAGUCGUCCUGUGAGGCGUACAAGCUGAUUGGCAGCUCCUCGGGCUUCUACUCCAUUGAUCCAGAUGGGAGUGGUCCCCUGGGGCCCACCCAGGUAUACUGCAACAUGACAGAAGAGAAGGUGUGGACGGUGGUGACCCACAACAUUUCAGCUCCAGUCACAGUCCAGAGCUCCUCUCCUCAGAAACCUUACGUCACGACCUUCAACUACAGCGCGUCGGCCGAACAACUGCGCGCCAUCGUGUCAGGGUCAGAGCAGUGCCAACAGGAAGUGGUUUACAACUGCAAGAAGUCCCGACUCUUUAAUACUAAAGAUGGAAGUCCGCUGUCCUGGUGGCUGGACCGCGAAGGAGAAAAGAGGAGUUACUGGGGAGGCUUCCUGCCCGGGGUCCAGCAGUGCUCCUGCAGCCUGGAGGAGAACUGCAUCGACAUGAACUUCUUUUGCAACUGUGAUGCUGAUACAGAUGCAUGGGCUAAUGACACGGGAAUCCUCUCCUAUAAAGACCACCUACCAGUCAGCCAGAUAGUAAUCGGAGACACCAACAGAACAGGCUCGAAAGCCAUCUACCACAUCGGCCCUCUGCGUUGUUAUGGAGACAAGUCCAUAUGGAAUGCAGCGUCUUUCUACCAGGAGUCGUCGUACCUCUACUUCCCCACCCUGCAGGCAGAGCUCUCCUCUGAUAUCUCCUUUUACUUCAAGACCAGCGCUCCUUCAGGAGUGUUUCUGGAGAACCUGGGCCUCAAAGACUUCAUCAGAGUGGAGCUCAGCUCUCCCUCGGUGGUGACGUUCUCUUUUGAUGUGGGAAAUGGUCCGGCGGUCCUGUCGGUGAAGUCCCACCUGCCCCUGAAUGACAGACAGUGGCACUACGUGAGGGCAGAGCGCAACGUGCGGGAGGCAUCGCUGCAGGUCGACCAGCUCCCCCUCCGCUUCCUGGAGGCUCCGGCUGACGGGCACCUGCGCUUGAGGCUUAGCAGCCAGCUCUUCAUAGGGGGAACGGCGUCCCUGCAGAGAGGCUUCCUGGGCUGCAUCAGGACGCUGACGGUCAACGGCGUGAGCUUCGACCUGGAGGAGAGGGCCAGGAUGACGCCCGGGGUGAGCUCCGGCUGUCCCGGCUACUGCAGCGGCUCCAGCAGCCUGUGCCACAACAGAGGGAGGUGCAUCGAGAAGAGCAACGGCUACAUCUGCGACUGCUCGCUGUCCGCCUACGGGGGAACCACCUGUAACCAAGAGGUGUCGGUGUCCUUUGACAGAGAGUCCUCGGUGACCUACACCUUCCAGGAGCCGUUCUCGGUGAUGCAGAACAGGAGUUCGCAGGCCACCAGCGUUUCCACGGAGAGCAGCAGCCGGGCCAGAGAGGACGUGGCCUUCAGCUUCGUCACGUCCCAGAGGCCGGCCAUGCUGCUGACUGUCAGCACCUUCAGUCAUCAGUACAUCGCUGUCAUCCUGGCCAAAAACGGGAGUCUGCAGAUCUGGUAUCACCUUCAGACGGACCGGAGUCCGGACAUGUUCAGCCCCGUCCUCACUAACCUUGCAGACGGACGACUCCAUCGAAUCAGGGUCCACAGAGUGGGAAAAAACCUCUACAUUCAGAUCGACCAGGACAUCCACAGAAAGUACACGCUGUCAUCCGAUGCAGAGCUGAUCCUAAUCAGAUCCUUGACAUUGGGCAAAGUCACCAGGAGCGAGAACCUCAAUGAGGAGGUAAUGCAUGCGGCUUCGAAAGGUUUCAUUGGCUGCCUCUCCUCGGUCCAGUUCAAUCACGUGGCACCGCUGAAGGCAGCGCUGACCAAUCGAGGAAGCUCACUGGUCACCAUCCGGGGUCCGUUGGUCCAAUCCAACUGUGGAGCGUUGGCAGAGUCCACCUCGCACACUCUGCAGGAUCAAGCAGUAACAGCCAAUAAAGACAACGAGCAGCCAAGCAACGGAAACCAGAAAGAUCUGGCUGUGAUCGCAGGUGUGGUGACCGCCGUGGUUUUCAUCGCCGUGUGCGCCCUGGCCGUGAUGAGCCGCCUCCUGUACCAGCAGCGUCAGGCCCAGCGGAGCACCAGCAGCAGCAUCAAGGAGGAGCACAGACAAGGCGUGUACACAGACUACAGGACAGAGCUGCAGCUCCACAACCCAAUCAGGGACAACAUGAAGGAGUACUACAUCUGA